AUGGCGCUCGACGUACCGGCGCGCCAGGGCGGGGGCGCCCACAUCGACGAAGAGGCCGCCCAGCCGCUCGCCAGCCGCCAGGUCGUGACCUUCGAGAUCGAGCCCUGGCCCCCCCCGUCGCAGGUGGAGGCCGCCGCCCCGCCGCGGCGCGCCGCGCCGCCCGCCGUGGCGCUCCUGGCGGCGCUGGCCGCGCUCUGGUGCUGGUCCGCGGCGGCGGGCCGGGGGUGCGCCGCGUCCUAUUCCAACGAAAAGGAAUUCGUCCAGCGGUACGCGCUCGGGCCGGCGGCGGUGGCCGUGCCGUAUGCCGCGCUGGCGGCCUGGUGCGUGUGGGUGCGCGGGAGCUUCCAGGCCAGCCUGCCGCUGCACCGGUGGACGAGGGCCUACGGGUUGGGCGCGGGCGCGGCGGCGGCGCUGUUCGCCUCGUACCCGUGGAUGAAUGGGUGCGAGCACUGGCGUUUGAGAGGUGUUAUUUUCCCGACCCUGAUGGCGCUGAAGAUCGUCUCGCUGGUCAUCGUCGCGAACAAGCUGGAGGAGCUGCAGCGCCCGCGAGUCGCAUUGGCCGUGCAGCGCCUCUCGGCCGUGAUGCUGCUGGGCACAGUGCUGUGGUAUGAACUCACUGGCGUUGGCUAUAGCCUGAUCAGCGUGGUGCUGAGCGUGGUGCUGUUCGCCGUGCUGUUCGCCUACCUGGGCGCGUGCAUCUUCGGCGUCUGCGGCCUCCUGGCCGCCGCGGCGCGCGCCCGCUCCUCCAGAAGCGCGGCGCAGCGGCGCGCGGCCUGUUUCGUCGUGGCGACGGCCCUCGCCCUGGCGCUCUCCUUCACCACCAGCGUUAUGCUGCUCUUCGAGUUCGGAUCUUUCUGGUUGGCGACCCUCGACGCGCUGGGCCGCCCUCCCCACAACUGCUACACCGACGACCAGCUCCAAUCCUUCUACGAGAAGUAUUUGGACUACCUGGACAGGGCGCAGGUGAAGCGGGUGCGCUGCGGCUACCUGCGGCGGCUGGCCUCAGCCGGUGACGUCAUGCAGCGUUGCCAGGAGGUACCGCUCGAUCAGGUGUUCAUCGGAAGCACAGGAUUUCCACUUGUGCGUGAUGGGGAGAAGAAAAGGUUCGUCCUUUCACACCCGUGGUUGUCAAAGGAGCACCCCGAUCCCACUGGCGUCAAGUUGAAGCUGCUCGUGCAGCAGCCCGACAUGCUGCAUGCCUCCGACGAUCACGCCGUGUUCGUGGACUACAUGAGUCUCCCCCAGAACGACAAGCUGAACCCGGAGCUGCAGCGCAUCGAGGCCGCGUCGGGGAUGCCCAAGCCUGGCUCGCAUCCGUCCGUGCGCACAGUUGCGGAGGAGGCCCAGUUCAAGGAGGCGCUCUUCGCCAUGGAGCAGAUCUAUAGCAUUGGCAAGACGCCGGUCAUUGUUCUGCCCAUGGAUGGCGACGUGGACGCGGGCAGGGAGUACAUUUCCAGAGGCUGGUGCCUUCUGGAAUUCUGUCUCUCCAUGGGCUUCGACAACAUCUCGAAUGCCGCGAUCCACGAGCCUGUGAGGCGCCUGAGGGAGCAUGUGGAGUCCUUGAACGGACACACGGUCGAAGGUUUCCACCAAGCGUUUAAAUUGACGCACUUCACGAACAAGGGCGAUGCCAACGUCGUUCUCAAGCUGUUCGAGAACACGCUGAAUCUGCCGCCCCGCGGCCGCUGCUGGCGCCGGGGGGCCGCCCUGGCCGCGCUGCUGUGGCUGCCCGUGCGGCCGGGGGCGCCCUUCGCGCCGGCGGCGCCGCGGGGCCGGCGGCGGCUGCUGCUGGGCCUGACGGCCCCGGCGGUGCAGCUGGGCGGCUGGCCGGGCGGCGCCGCCGCCGAGGAGCCGACGCCCGAGGACUUCGACGCCAUCCGCCGGGCCUUCGCGGCGCUGAGCGCCGACCCCGCGCAGCCAGGCUCCGCGGCCGCCGUGGAGGCCGCCGAGGCUGCCUUCGGGCGCGAGAUCGACCGCUUCGAGGGGCCCCUGCGGCGGCCCGGCAGUGCGCAGGCCGCCGUGGAGCGCUCGCAGCUGCGCCUGGGCCGCGCGCAGGCCCGCCUCUGGCUGAACGAGGCCGCCGGGAGCGCGCGCGCGGACCUGGCGCGGGGGGCCGUGGCGGACUUCGACGCGGCGCUCGCGAUCAUGGACGCCGACUUCCGCGAGAACCCCGGCAAGGCCAUGUACAGCGAGUUCCCGAGCACCCUCACGCGGCGUGGCCUGGCCAAGGAGCAGCUCGGGGACUGGGCCGGGGCCGCCGACGACUACUCGCGCGCCAUCGCCGCCUGGCGCCCGCAGGACGGCAGGCCCGACGCGCCGCUGCGCGGCAGCGUGGCGCGGCCCCCAGACGGCGACGGCCUCGGAGUGAACCCGCUGGUGCUCAACUUCCGCGGCAACGCGCUCUCCAGGCUGGGCAGGUUCGAGCAGGCCCGGGCGGACUACGCGGAGGCCGCGGCCAUCUUCGAGAACGACCGCGAGGUGCGGCUGGCCUCCACGUCGCGCUCGAACGAGGCGCUGGCGCUCUUCGGCCUGGGGGACGACGCCGAGGCCGAGCAGCUGCUGGAGACCGGGGGGCGCCCGCUGUGCACCCACACCGAUCCCGGGCCCGGGGUGGGCCCAGCUCGGGUCGGCGUGCGCGCGUAGCGGGCGCCCUUUCAGGAGAAGGUCGUCCGGAAGGACCCUGGCAUGACAGACGCCCACGUUGCCUUGGCGGCCUCCCGCUGGUCGCGUGGAGACGUGGCCCGCGCGGAGAGCGAGUGGAGGUUCUCCUGCGAGGAGAUCUCCACGGGCUGCCAGCAGUACAAGGACCUGGAGUGGGUGUCCGAGAUACGGCGCUGGCCCCCCUCGCUGGUCGCCUCGCUGCGGAGCUUCUUGAGCGGAAGGGCGCCGAGAGAGGGGCUGUAGCCCCGCCGCUGGGCGCAGCUGGCGAGCGCCCCCGAGCCGCCCGAGGAUCUCCCGCCCCAGCCCCCCGAAAAAGGGGGACUGCACG